AUGUUGGUCAAGCUUAGCCCUAAGCAUCCAAGUGGAAGUUACUCAAGAGCUGGCAAAAGAAUCCGAAAUUUUACGAUUAAGAACAAACCAAAAGUGGCAAAGAGUAAACCAAUCUCUGAAGAUGACUCUGAAACCAGUUUCCAAGAUGACUAUAUCGGAAUCCUGCAGGGGGAUUAUGAUGCUAAUGAGCAGAACCUUCAAGAGGAAUUUGAUCUGCAUGAGACCAGAAAAGAACGUAGGAAGAGACUUAAAAGAGAAGAACUCAAGCAUUGCAGCCCAGCUUUUAAAUCAAUUCCUAGAGACAUACAGUUAUCUCAUAACCAAAGUCCUGAUCUAGGAAAGUAUUCCCCAAACUAUGAUGUCACGAAGCCUAUCAGGGUAACCAAUUUUGGCAAAGGCUCUGUUAGGAAUACUGCAACCCACUUCUUCAAGGGCGAAGAUAGGCGGAGUGAAGUGUGCGGUCGGCUGAUGAGAAGCAUGAAAAAUAGAAAAUCUAGAGUUGAAAUUAUUAAUAAAAUAUUUCGUAAAAGGAAACCAGGCACAUUGUGUAUUUUUAUCAUUAUAGAUGGCUAUAAGAAUGACCCUAGGUUCUACAAAUUCUCUGAGAAGCAUAUUAAUGACGGAUUAAAAAAUAUUUAUGGCAAGCAUAAGCCUAAAGAUGAGAGGAAUACAAUAGAUGAACUCACAAAACAAGGUAUACUUGACCUUCACACUAACAAUGACUAUGCAAACAAUGCUUUCAAGAUGAAGCAGAUGAAGAGGCUGACAACUCAGAGCUUCGAACUCUUAUCACCAAUGAAAAUAGGGAGAAAGACAAAAGGAGGUGAUUUAACCACAAAAGCUCCAAAUUGAUCAAAUUUAUUGAGUCAAAAUAUGAGGAUCAGGAACCCUGCCAGCGCAUCAAUAAAUUUCUAUGAAAAGGAGAACCAAAAAUCAUUAGAGAGUGCAAAUCUAAAACGCUCUUUCCAAAAAUCUAAUAAUUCUAUCAAGAAGCAUCAUCAAAGUGAUAAAAAGAAGAAAAAUAAAAGUCCAAAAAAAUUGACGUUGAAAAAGGGCAUAAGAGUGUGUUCACAGGUAUCAAGAGACCAUGUCCAGAGCGUGAUGAUGGCAAAGCAGUCUAUGAGAGACACAAAUUCGUUCCUUGAGAUACCGACUUACUGUGCCAACGAUUAUAAUGUGAAAUUAGACACGGUCAUGGGGAAACUAAAUAAAGGGAUGAUUAACUUCAAGAAACAGACAAAGAGAGGAGACUAUCACUCUUUUUACAAGAGAUCUUCAGCUCCUGAGCAGUACAACUGAGAGUCUAUAUCCAGCGCAUAUGACAAGAUAGGGUAUAUCGGAAGCAAUGUGGCUAAGGCUAAGCUAACUUUUGGAUAA